AUUUGGCGCCAUGUCCCGGGAAAGGUGCUGUUGUUCCUAAUCAAUCUCGUCGCGGCAACAGCCCUGAUUUUCGAAGGCUAUAAUCAGGGUGUCCUUGGGACCGUUAGCGCCACGCCAGGCUUCAUCAAGAUGGCAGAUAUCGGUCACGAUGGGGUCGUAACCAACACCACUAAACAAGGCGGGCUUGCCGCAGCUUAUUAUUUCGGGGGGAUGUGGGGAUGCUUCAUCGGUGGAUGGGUUGGUGAUAAAAUAGGCCGCAAAGGAGGUGUUCUCGUGGGAACCGCCUUCGGAAUCCUCGGUGCGGCCCUGAUGGCCGGCAGCCAGAAUGCCAGCAUGUUCAUCUGUGCGCGUGUCAUUGCGGGCAUUGGCAUUGGCUUUAUGAAUGCCAUUAUCCUACCAUGGGUCAGCGAGCUAUCCCAGUCGCACGACCGAGGUUCCAGCUUCUCCCUGGUCUUCGUCGCCAACUAUCUGGGCAUCGUCAUUGCUUACUGGAUCAAUUUCGGCAUCCGUAAUUCCAACCUAGAGUUCCGCUGGCGAUUCCCUCUGGCAUGGAUGAUUAUCCCGCUCCUAGUCGUUGACGUGGCAGUGCCGCUGCUACCUGAGUCUCCUCGAUGGCUCAUUGCCAAUGGCCAGCGCCAGGAAGCCAUUGAUAUCCUCUGCAAGCUCAGGGGAGAUCUGAGCCCUGAAGAUCCCAUCAUUGCUACCGAGGUUGAACAGCUAGAUGCCAUCGUUGAGGCGACUCACCACAAGCGCAAUGACCUCGCCAACAUCGUCCUAGGCGGCCGCUUCUCUGGAAAGCUGCAUCUAGGCCGAAGAGCCGUUCUCGGAUUUGCCCUGCAGUGGAUCCAGCAAUGGACCGGCAUUCUCGCAAUCGUGGGAUGGGCCGGCGUCUUAUUUGAGCUGGCUGGGUUUGAUUCCUACAAGGCCCUCUGGCUAGCCGGCCUAGCGAACACCUUUGGCGUUCCUGGCACCGCAGCUGCAGCCUUUGUCAUUGACCGAAUGGGGCGUGUAAAGUCAUUGAUCACUUCCUUCAUCAUUCAGGGAGUCUGCCUGUUCCUGGUCGGCGCCCUCAUCAAGACAUCGCAAGACAAUGCCAUUUCGGAUCCGGAACUUUCGCAGCGUCUAGGAACUGCUGCAGCAAGUUUUGUCUUUAUUUAUGUCUGGUUCUUUACCAUGUUCAACAUCAUUCCCUGCUGGAUCUACGGCACGGAGAUCUGGCCUCAAGAGGUCCGUGCAAAGGGGUACAGCUUCACCAUUUUUGGCUGGGCCACAGGCUGUGGCUCCACCACCCUCAUCAUGCCAAUCUUCCUCAGCAGAGUCGGCUAUGGCACCUAUCUCUUCUUCGGUGCAAUGAACGUUGUUGUUGCCCCGAUUGUUUGGUUCUUCUAUCCCGAACUUGCCAACCGAACUCUGGAAGAGAUUUCGCUCCUCUUCACGAGCGAAAGCAUGUUGGCAACCGAAAACGUGAAGGAAUAUCAUCGUCGGGUU